UAUACCUGCCGGCCGGCGCGCGCGCACGCACUCGUCGCCGCCAACAUGCUCGCCGCGCCGCUCGUGCUAAUGCUGCUCGCCGUGUGGGUCGCGGAGUCUGUCUCGGGUCAGGCCAUGAUCUUCAAGUCGUCAACACUCAAAGGUUACGGGUUCAGGGAGCCAGACAAAGCACUGGGCCCCUACUACAUCCCCGACCGCCAGUGCUCCGGCGUCGUGUACAAUCUGACGAGCGUUUGUCGCUACGUGAACGUGGUGCGAGUUUCGGCGACGGACGCUGCUGGCUACCCCGACAUCAGCAUCGACGGCCUACUGGAGCGAGCGGCCGUGCGGCGCCGCGCGGGGCCCGCUGGCUGCGCGGGCCGCGUGCGCGUGCACGUCGCUGUGGGCUGCGGUAUGUCGCGCCGAGUCGCUCGCGCCGCUCCCGCUGGCCUCACAGACGCCCCGCAAUUGCCACAGCCGCAAUCGCGCCGCCUGCCGCCCAUGUCGCCUCCUCCCUUUCCUGUUGACGGACAAUAAUGACGACUUGAUAAAAAAUUAUAUGUUUUAUCUAAACAAAGUUAAGUACAGAAUAACAUUGAAUAAAAUCAAUUUCUAUCCCAA